AAUGCCUGUCACUUCCCAGGACGCUGGCAGCAGCCGCCCGCAGCCCCCGAGCCCUCGGCAGGUUUGCCUGUUCUUCCCCGCGAUCUGAUUGGAUAAAGUGGGGGCUCGACGGUGGCCGACGUGGGACAGUCAGGCUGUGGCAGGGGUCUCGGAAACCAUGGGUUAUUGCAGUGGCAGGUGCACGCUUAUCUUUAUCUGUGGCAUGCAACUGGUUUGUGUGCUGGAGAGGCAAAUAUUUGACUUCCUUGGAUAUCAGUGGGCACCCAUCCUGGCAAAUUUUGUACAUAUUAUUAUCGUCAUUCUUGGUUUAUUUGGAACUAUUCAAUAUAGACCUCGGUACAUAACAGGAUAUGCUGUCUGGCUAGUCCUCUGGGUUACGUGGAAUGUGUUUGUUAUCUGCUUCUAUUUGGAGGCUGGGGACCUCUCAAAGGAAACAGACCUUAUCCUGACUUUUAAUAUUUCAAUGCACCGAUCUUGGUGGAUGGAGAAUGGACCAGGAUGUACGGUGACAUCAGUGACACCCGCCCCAGACUGGGCCCCAGAAGACCAUCGCUACAUCACGGUCUCAGGGUGCUUUCUGGAGUACCAGUACAUAGAAGUGGCUCAUAGUUCCCUGCAGAUUGUCCUCGCACUGGCAGGGUUCAUCUACGCCUGUUAUGUUGUGAAAUGUAUAACUGAAGAAGAGGACAGCUUUGAUUUCAUAGGUGGCUUUGACUCUUACGGCUAUCAAGGGCCUCAGAAGACAUCUCAUUUACAACUACAGCCUAUGUACAUGCAAAUUCCCUUGGAUAACAACUGAUAACAAAUUCUAUAUAUCAGCAUCAAGUGAUAUGCUGAAUUGCAAGCGAAGAUCAAAAUAGAAAGUCAAAAUAAUACAGAUGGCUUCAGUAUGUCGGCUCCUGGACCUUUCAAAGAACUUGUUUUGCAGUGGCCUCCUGCAUUUUAUGAAGAGCAAGAAGCAAUUGAGUUUAAAUAUAUAUACAUCUUAACAAAACAAGCAGAAAGCUUGCACACUGGGACACACACACACACACACACACACAGCCACAUACCAAUUCCACUUGGCCUCCUCUUUCUAACUGAAACAGGCAAACAUGCAGGACAUACCCAUCUUGGAUUUCCUAAAAACAGGCUUCUUUCUCCCAGGCCUUUGGAAAGUUCAUAAGGAGACAUGUUGGUGCCCUCUGCUGGCCGUCACCAACUCCUCUGCAGCCCAGCCAGUCAGCCUCUGUGAGCUGUGAAGUCAUCCAGUGCGCAAUAGUUUGAGAGCCCUGUCUUCUGCACUCCAUACGUCUUGAUAGCACCACGGCACUGUAGGCAAGGUAUUGCAAAAACAACAAACAAAACAUGCCAUGGUGAUCUUGUAACCCAAGUCCGCAAUGGCAGGUUGUUUGCCCUAAAGGCUGUACCGUACAUACUUGCCUUAACCCACCUAAGUUGUGCGCCCGAGAAUCUCAGUGCAGACAUGCCCAAGUCACUUCCUUUAGGCUAACACACUGCUAUUAAUUCCGAAUGAGUUCAAGUCUGUGCGUUUCAUGUCAAGAAACAAGACUGCUUAUCUCAGCAGCUCCAGUGUGUCUGUGUAUGAAAUUGCCAGCUGUCAGCAAAGUGCUUUACCAUUGAGCCUCCAUGGUGGCCGAAGAGAGACAGAUAACAAUAACUACCACAAUAAUCGUCAUCUUUAUAAUUCUUAAAUAUGGUCUUCUGAUGGGGUUGAGUGGGACAAGUAAAAUUUAUUAAUCUACUAAACUCAUUAAUCUACUGGAAGCAGAGAGCAGAAAUGGCUUAACUCACUGAUUUUAUUUCUCGCACUCUAGGUGCUUUUACAAGUAUCUACAAAUGUCUUUUACUAAUACAGAAACAGCUGAGGAUUUCUAUCAACAGAGGCCAACUGAAUAUGUACUAGCUAUGUUUACUCUUUUAUAUCUAACUCAAAUUGAAGACCCUAUGUAGGUGAACUUUUUUUCCUAACUUCGGCGUACGAGAUUAUUUUUUGGGUGGGUGGGGGGAGCAAUAGUUACCUUGGUGAAAUAUUUGAGAUCUCUUUGUGGUAUUUGGGGGAUCUGUUGCGUGUUAGAGUGUAUUUUAAUCCUCCUGUAUUAUUGUGGCAGAAAAACUGUGCUGUUAACGUAGUUGGCAACAAGAUGCCUUUGGAAACUUAAUAGUAGGUCAAUGUGUUUAUGGAAUAUUCUGAAUUCCUAGGAAAUUUUGUUCUAUAUAUUCAAGCAUUAUUUGGUUUUCAUUAGCAGGAAACAUAAUUAGCUCAGGCUUGUCAGGAACUCAGAUGAGUCAUGGUUUUUCCUGGAUCCACCUGAGAUACUAAAGUCUAUUUUUUUUUAACUAAUACAUCAUCCUUAAAUGCAGUGAAACUCAGACUUGAAAAGUUACAAAUUGGCAUGGAGCAACUUUUUCUCCUGGUUUCUAUGAAGUUUCAGUUAUUGGGUUAACCUCCCUUGGACCUUAGCCCAUCCAGAUCUACAUAAACCAGUCCCAUUACUGUGUUUGCAUGGAUGUGUGUGAUCUACACAUAUACAUUUGAAAAUGAUAAAGGAACAAAGGUUACUAUUGGAACAUAACUAC